UGUAGGCGCGCACACAUGCUUGGCUUGCUGCUCAUAAAAAGCAGAGCAAACAGCUGAAGACUUUCGGGGUCAGGCGGCGAAAAUGACAAGUAAGCGGGAUGCUGCGCUCCAUCCCUGCAGCGCGGUUUUACGCGCAGCUUCCAGCUUCUCCGAAAGUUUUCCUGGGUUCAUCCUGAUCAUAUCAGUGAUGCUGCUCGCCCCGGUCCGGCCAGCGUCAGCUCAUCCCCAGUGCCUGGACUUCGCGCCACCCUUCAAACCUCAGUGGCACCUGGAGUUUUGCACUGAGUACGAGGAGUUUGGCUGCUGCGACCAGAAAACAGACAACAGCAUCGCGGAGAGAUACUGGGACAUCAUUGAACACUUGGAAGUAGCGGGUCUUGAGCUCUGUUCAGACAAGCUGAAGGAAGUUAUGUGUCAGGAGUGCUCUCCAUACGCCGCCCACCUCUAUGAUGCCGAGGAUCCCUACACGCCCGUCAGAGAGAUACCCGGCCUUUGCCUCGGCUACUGCUCUCAGUUUCACGGCGAGUGUCGGCACGUGAUCAAAUACUUAACCGAGAACCAGCUGCUGCGGGACACCUCCGAGCGAGACACGCUCACGUUCUGCAGCAUGGUGGACCUGUCCGACCAGGACUACUGCUACCCCAACGUUUUAAAGAGCCCAGGCCUCAACAGCAACCUGGGGCGGGUGGUGGAGGACCCCAGAGGGUGCCUCCAGCUGUGCCUGACCGAGGUGGCCAACAACCUCAGGAACCCGGUGCUGAUGCUGCACAGCGGCGACGACACGCACCGCAUGUUCAUCGCCGAGCAGGUUGGCUUCGUGUGGGUGUACCUGCGCGACGGCAGCCGGCUGGAGCAACCUUUCCUGGACAUGAGCGGGGAGGUGCUGACCACGCCCUGGCUGGGCGACGAGAGGGGUUUCCUGGGCAUGGCCUUCCACCCCAAGUACAGGGACAACGGGCGCUUCUUCAUCUACUACUCCAUCCAGGUGAACGGCAUGCUGGAGAAGGUCCGAAUCAGCGAGAUGAAGGUGUCCGCCUCCGACAUGAACGUGGCUGAUCCGUACUCAGAGAGGGUGAUCUUAGAGAUCGAGGAGCCGGCCGCCAACCACAACGGAGGCCAGCUGCUGUUCGGUCUGGACGGCUAUUUGUACAUCUUCACUGGAGACGGCGGAAAAGCUGGAGAUCCGUUUGGGAAGUAUGGCAACUCUCAAAACAAGAGCGCUUUGUUGGGAAAAGCGCUUCGCAUUGAUGUGGAUGGAAGUGACCCCAGUGGGAGGCAGUACAGGAUCCCCCCAGACAAUCCGUUCAUCCUGGACCGGGGCGCCCGGCCCGAGGUGUUCGCGUACGGGGUCCGAAACAUGUGGCGGUGCUCGGUGGACCGCGGAGACCCGGUGAGCCUCUACGGCAGGGGCCGGAUAUUCUGCGGGGACGUCGGUCAAAACCGCUACGAGGAGAUCGACAUCAUCGUGAACGGAGGAAACUACGGGUGGAGGGCCAAGGAGGGCUUCGAGUGCUACGACAUGAAACUGUGCCACAACUCGUCCCUGGAUGACAUCCUGCCUAUAUUUGCAUACAGCCAUCAUGUUGGGAAGUCUGUGACAGGGGGAUAUGUGUACAGAGGAUGUGAAUCACCCAAUCUGAACGGCCUGUACAUUUUUGGAGACUUCAUGAGUGGGCGAAUCAUGGCCUUGGAGGAGGACAAGGCGACAGGAACCUGGAAAGAGAAGAGUGUGUGCAUGGGCGAAACGAAGACGUGCUCCUUCCCCGGACUCAUUAACCACCACCACAAGUUCAUCAUCUCGUUCGCUGAGGAUGAAGCAGGGGAGCUGUAUUUUCUAGCCACCUCGUACCCCAGCGCCAUGUCUCCUCUUGGGACCGUGUUUAAAUUCGUGGACCCCUCCAGGCGAGCUCCUCCAGGCAAAUGUAAGCAGAAGCCGCUCCCCGUGAAAGUGAGAGGGAAGAAGUUUCCAUUUGUGCCCAGAGAACUGACCGUGCUGGACACGAAUGAAAAACCUACGAGACCACCACCGAGAAAAUUCAAACUCACCACCAGGCCGCCGGUGACGAGCAGCCGGGCCAAAGCGACGACGCCGGCGUCCAGCGGGACCACGGUGAAGCUGGAGUCAUCCUACAAGGAGGCGAGGAAGAAGCUGAAGAAACUGAAACAACAGAAGAAAAAGACGAAAAUGCAGAAGAAGCCGAAGGCUGACGCACAAAUGAAGAAGAAGAACGCUUUGACGAAGAAGCAGCAGUCGAAGAAGACGCCAGUCAGCGUCAGAAAUCAAGUAAAACCUACGACGAAUCAAACAGAGAGUCUGAACUCUCUAAAAAGCCUGAAGGACAACAAAAUCCACGCAGAGAGGAGGAGGAAAGCAGCACAAAAGAUAAACGCACUAAAGAUGAAAGAAUCUGUGAAGGAAUAUGUUUCCUUUGUGAACAAAACCAAGACCACCUUGAAUGUAAAAAGCAACACAACAAUGAGAAGCCAGUUAAAGUUAGAAAAGAAGGAAGCAAGAACCGUCACAGUCAUUUAAAAUAGUCUGUUUUAUUAUAACUGAGUCAUUAUAUUUGUAUAUUUUUGUUUGACUGUCAUGCAUUCACAGUUUGAAAAUUUAAAAUGUGCUUAUUUGCUAUUUUGGAGCAUUAGAUAAAUAAGAUUAUAUGAAGCAAGUAGCCAUCUAGCUUAGCUUAGCUUAUUUUAGCACAUUAAUAUAUCAGUAUCUUAAAACAACACUAGAGUCUACUCGUGCAGUGACAGUUUCACAACACAGUUUCAGUUGCAACCAUAUUUCCACCAGUGACGUCUAACUCUCACUCUGGUUUUUAUGCUAAGCUAAGCUAACCAUGUCCAAGUUGUAGCUUCAAGUUUGCUCUCCAGACUUAAAAAAAGUGAUAUCAAUCCUCUCAUCUGCAUUUACAGCAAAGAAAGCAAAUAUGUUUGCUACGACUUGGAGACAGUUAGCUUAACUUAACUUAGCUUAGCACAUAGUUUAAUCUGUAGUAUUGUAUUAGCUGCUAACAUAUUUUCACCAGUGACAAGAGUGAAUCUCAGUCUCCCUCUGGUUUUUAUGCUAAGCUAAGCUAACCAUGUCCAAGUUGUAGCUUUAAAUUUGCCAAGUAGACUUGAAAGUGUUAUCAAUCCUCUCACCUGCAUUUACAGCAAAUAAAACAAAUAUGUCCAGCAAAUUUAAAGCUACAAUUUGAUCAUGGUUAUCUUAGCUUAGCUUAGCACUUUAAUAUCUUAGUUUAAUCUGUGCAACAACUGGAAAUGACAAAAAAAUGUGAGUCUGCACUCGUCCAAACUCCUGCGAAACCGCAGCAACAUUUCAGCUCUUUAGCUGCUACCAUAUUUUCACCAGUGACAAGAAUGAAUCUCAGUCUCCCUCUGGUUUUUAUGCUAAGCUAAGUUAACCAUGUCCAAGUUGUAGCUUCAAAUUUGUUGUCAAGACUUCAAAGUGAAUCUUUUCAUCUGCCUUUACAGCCAAAAAGCAAAUACGUGCAUAUUUCAAAAUGUCCAACUAUUCCUUAGCUUAGCAUGUGCUUAGCUUAGCACAUUAAUAUUUUAUGCAGUUUGCUUAACCUGCACAGACACUGAAAAGGAAAAGAAAACAACCACAGCGAUGUUUCAGUUUCUUUGCUAGAAAACACAUUUUAGUUUUGCAAAGAACGGGAUUGGUUCUCCUUCUGGUUUUUUAUGCUAAGCUACGCUAACAAUCUCCACGUCGUAGCUUUAAUUUGCUGCACAGACUUGAAAGUGAUAUCUUCUCAUCUGCCUUUUCAGCAAAAAAAAAAAACAGUUCUCGUAGAACGAGCACGCAGUUAUGCAUGUAAUGACACUGUUUCCUCUACAUUUUAUUUUGGACUGUUGUAAACUCAUUGGUCCGGCUUAAUCACUGCCUUGUCUGUUUAUAGAACAUAUCAAAUAACUCAAAAUAAGCAGCAGAAACACA